CGCGUCCUCUUCCACGUGCUGAUGUCGGGGUGGGAGGGCCUGCUGCAUCUGCUGCUCCAUUUAUUUGUAUUUUAGAUAAACCCCGACCUGCUCCUUUAUUCGUAGGCUGCUGGCCGGGCGUUUGCGGAUUUUGCUUUGUCGCAAUCGUGAGAUUUGAUUGAAAAAGUUGUAAAUUUUACGCAAGAUGGAGAACAUUGAAGAACAUAAAAUAGGGAAAAAGCUGAAUGAAGGAAAGACCAAGGAAGUGUAUGAACUACUGGAUUGUCCAGGACAAGUGUUGAUCAAAUCCAAGGACCAGAUUACAGCUGGAAAUGCAGCCAGGAAGGACCAAAUGGUUGGCAAGGCUGCUAUCUCUACCAAAACUACCGUGUCUGUCUUCAGACUACUGCAGGAGGCUGGGAUAAAAACUGCUUUUGAGAAGCAGUGUGGAGAAACAGCAUUUGUUGCUGCGAAUUGUCACAUGAUUCCAAUUGAGUGGGUCUGCAGAAGAGUUGCCACUGGUUCUUUCCUGAAAAGAAAUCCUGGUGUAAAAGAAGGAUUUAAGUUUUUUCCUCCAAAGAUGGAAAUGUUCUUAAAGGAUGAUGCCAACAAUGAUCCACAGUGGUCUGAAGAACAAGUGAUUGAAGCUCAUUUUAACUGUGGAGGGCUGCAAAUUGAACGGUGUGAAGUAGAUAUCAUGAAUCGUACCACCUUGGCUGUGUUUGAGAUAUUGGAGAAGGCCUGGGCAACUCAAGACUGUACACUUGUGGAUAUGAAAGUGGAAUUUGGAGUUUGUGCUUCUACCAAGGAGAUUUUACUUGCUGAUGUGAUUGACAAUGACUCUUGGAGAUUGUGGCCUUUAGGGGAUCGAAGUCUGCAAAAGGAUAAACAGGUUUAUCGUGAUCUCAAAGAAGUAACGCCUGAAGCUAUGCAAGUAGUCAAGAGAAACUUUGAAUGGGUAGCAGAAAGAGUACAGAAUCUGCUAGUGACAAACUUUUCCAAAAGAGUGGUGGUAAUUAUGGGAUCCAGCAGUGAUCUUGGCCAUGGCCAAAAAAUAAAACAAGCAUGUGCAAAUUAUGGCAUACCUUGUGAACUGAGGAUUUCAUCAGCUCAUAAGGGUACAGAUGAGACAUUGAAAAUUAAAGCAGAAUAUGAAGGUGAUGGUGUUCAUACAGUAUUUGUGGCAGUUGCUGGCAGAAGUAAUGGUUUGGGACCAGUGCUGUCUGGAAACACUACUUGUCCUGUUAUAAACUGCCCUCCCAUAUCUGCUGAUUGGGGUGCUGAAGAUAUUUGGUCGUCACUGCGAAUGCCUAGUGGUCUUGGCUGCUCCACUGUUCUGUUUCCUGAGGCAGCUGCCCUUUUUGCUGCUCAGAUCUUUGGUCAAUUUGACCAUUUAGUGUGGGUCAAGCUACGGGCAAACAUUUUGAAAAACUGGAUCUCCUUGAAGCAAGCUGACAAGCUGUUAAGAAACAUGUGAUCAAAAAGUUUCAAAGGACACUUCGGUGUAUCUUGCAUUGCUCAUUUGGUUUAUACAACAGAUUAAAUUCAGCUAACAAAUUAAAAGCAACAUUACUGCA